CGUUGCACCCGGAUGUGUCUGCCGGUCCUGAGAGCGAGCUCUGGAAAGUAAGGGGCUGCUCACGUGGAGCAGAGGCUGUAGGUGCGGACACAGGGGUGAGAGGGUGUCAGACUCGGUGUUUAGCGCCUGCGGCUGGCGUGUAAGGACCACCCUUUGGGUUUUGACUGGGGGCCAAGUCAAUGUGGCUGUUUGUCUGUUUAAAGAAUCCUGGUGCCGUGUGCCGGAGCCAGCGUGGGGGGAGCCUCUCCAAUGGUGCCGUACAGGGAGUAGGAGUCUUGAAGGCACAGCAACUGCAGUGAAAAUAUGAAUCUCUUACCUAAAAGCUCCAAGGAGUUUGGCUCCGUUGACUAUUGGGAAAAGUUCUUCCAGCAGCGAGGAAAGAAGGCUUUCGAGUGGUAUGGAACCUACCUGGAGCUGUGCGGGGUGCUACACAAAUACAUCAAGCCCAAGGAAAAGGUGCUCGUGAUUGGGUGCGGUAACUCAGAGCUCAGCGAGCAGCUGUAUGAUGUGGGCUAUCAGGAUAUAGUGAACAUUGACGUUAGUGAGGUCGUCAUCAAGCAGAUGAAGGAACGCAAUGCCAGCCGGCGGCCCCACAUGAGCUUCUUGAAGAUGGACAUGACACAGAUGGACUUUCCUGAUGCCUCAUUCCAGGUCGUGUUGGACAAGGGUACCCUGGAUGCUGUCUUGACGGAUGAGGAGGAGAAGACCCUGCAGCAGGUGGACAGGAUGCUGGCUGAGGUUGGCCGUGUCCUGCAGGUGGGCGGUCGCUACCUCUGCGUCUCCCUGGCUCAGGCUCACGUUCUGAAGAAAGCAGUGGGUCACUUCUCUCGGGAGGGGUGGAUGGUGAGGGUUCACCAGGUGACCAACAGCCAGGACCAGGUGUUGGAAGCAGAGCCUCGGUUCUCCCUGCCUGUCUUUACCUUCAUCAUGACCAAGUUCAGGCCGGUCCCUGGCUCUGCCCUUCAGAUCUUUGAGCUGUGUGCUCAGGAGCAGGGCAGGCCCGUGCGGCUGGAGAGUGCCGAGCAGCUGGCUGAGGCAGUGCGGGAGCGGCAGCAGUAUGCCUGGCUGUGCGGCCAGUUGUACCGCAAGGCUGGGCUGGGGAGUGUGUCUCUGGACUUGUGCAAUGGGGACACGGGGGAGCCACGCUACACCCUCCACGUGGUGGACAGCCCCACUGUGAAACCAUCGCGGGACAAUCAUUUUGCCAUUUUCAUCAUCCCCCAGGGUCGAGAGACUGAGUGGCUCUUUGGCAUGGAGGAUGGCCGGAAGCAACUGGCUGCCAGCGCAGGUUUCAGAAGGCUGAUCACAGUGGCCCUUCACCGAGGUCAGCGGUACGAAGGCAUGGACAGCAUCCAGGCCGAGCUGUCAGCCAGAGUCAUGGAACUGGCCCCGGCCGGGAUGCCCACCCAGCAGCAGGUGCCCUUUCUGUCUGUGGGUGGGGACAUUGGGGUCCGGACUGUUCAGCACCAAGACUGCAGCCCUUUGAGUGGUGACUAUGUCAUUGAGGACGUGCAAGGGGACGACAAGCGCUACUUUCGGCGGCUGAUCUUCCUCAGCAACAGGAACGUGGUGCAGUCAGAAGCCAGGCUGCUGAAGGAUAUGUCUCACAGAGCCCAGAAGAAACGAAAAAAGGACAGAAAGAAGCAGCGGCCUGCUAAUCCUCCAGAGGACCUCCCUGCAGCCCCAGGGCAGUCCAUUGAUAAGAGUUACCUGUGCUGUGAACACCACAAAGCCAUGAUCGCCGGCCUCGCCCUGCUGAGAAACCCGGAGCUGCUCCUCGAGACCCCACUGGCAUUGUUGGUGGUAGGCCUGGGUGGAGGCAGCCUCCCCCUCUUUGUCCAUGAUCAUUUCCCAAAGUCCUGCAUCGAUGCUGUGGAGAUCGACCCCUCUAUGUUGGAAGUGGCCACUCAAUGGUUUGGCUUCUCCCAAAGCAACCGGAUGAAGGUCCACAUUGCAGAUGGCUUGGACUAUAUUACCAGCCUGGCAGGAAGAGAAGCGCGGCCUCACUACGAUGUCAUAAUGUUUGAUGUGGACAGUAAGGACCCAGGGCUUGGCAUGAGUUGUCCACCCCCAGCAUUUGUGGACCAGCCUUUCCUGCAGAAGGUCAAAAACAUCUUGGCUUCUGAAGGUGUUUUUAUCCUCAACCUCGUAUGCCGAGACAUGGGGCUGAAGGACUCGGUGCUGGCGGGGCUCAAGGUGGUGUUCCCCCUCCUCUAUGUCCGCCAAAUAGAGGGUGAAGUAAACGAGAUCCUGUUCUGUCAGCUGCAUCCUGAGCAGAAACUUGCCACACCAGAGCUUGUGGAAGUAGCCCAGGCCUUGGAGCAGAACCUGAGGAAGCCAGGGAGGGGUUGGGAUGACACGUACGUCCUGUCAGAUAUGCUCAAGACUGUGAAGAUUGUGUGAUCGCUGAGGCCAGGCAGCCCUCUUGGCUUUCGGCGAGACUGGCCUUGGGCUCCUGGUCUGCUAGAGAUCAUAGAACUAUAAUGCACAGUACUUCUUAAACUUCCUGUUUUUCUUGGUUUCAUACUCAGCUCCAUGCGACCUCAAGCUUGGGUUGAGUCCCCUUGGCUCCCUGCCCUGGAUCGCGGCGUUGAGUAGACCUGAUGCCUUCACGAGCACACGCUGAGCUCCUAAGGACUGAAGACAAUCAAAUGUGGUGGUGGUUUGCUUUUGCUUUAUCUUGUUGGCUCUUUAGGAAUGAUCUCAGGUCAGGGAGUGGAGCAUUCUGCGCCAAAACACCAUAGUAGGCUCUCCAUAGGCGCGAGGUGAUUUGAAAGAACACCUGCCAUCUUCCACCAAAUGGAACUGCAGAGGACCUGGUCCCCCGUUUUCAGGAUCUGCGAACCCACUCCAGCGUUUAACAGCUCUCCUCACUUUCCCGAACCUCACCCGAAGCCAUGUGUUCUGUUCUCGCUGGAGAGAGUGGAUGUAAUUGGCCCAUGUAUGCCAGCCUAGCAGACUGAAGUCUCUGGUAUUGGUUUACUCAUACUUACUGAGUGCCAGCUACAUGCAGAUCUGGCGUAAAGAGCUGUGGUCUAAGAACAGAUGCCUGAGAAUGGCCAGAAGCAUGGACUGGCAAUAAAAAUGCAUACUUUCCAGGAGCUUUCCUAAGUGAUUUACCUACACUGUCUCAUUUAAUCUGACAUGAAGAACAGUUAAAACAAACCUCCAUCUAACCCAAAGCUCACUUGAGUUGGAAGCAUCAAUCUUACCUGUUUAUUGAAACUGUUAAAUCAGCAGUUCUGAGACUGACUUGAGUUUCAUCUCUCCUAAUCACACCAAGGCUGACUUAAUGAGCGGCGCUGUGGAAAAUAGGCAUUGUUCCCAGUCACCACCUCGGCUUCUCUCCCCACAGUCCCUUCACAAUGGACUGGGACCUCUGGUGGUGAAACAUACUUUAGUUAGGUUGUCAUCCUUAACAGAAUUGCAUCAGCCCAUUCAGAAGGGCUUGAAUACAGUGUUGGUUUUGGAUCUUUUCCACUAGAAAUGCAUGGUGUUCUUUAGGGGAGGGUCUUCCCCUCGAGCCACAUGAAGAGGCUAUUUCCCUCCAAGGCCCUGCACCCCAAGGGGCCUCGGCUUGGGAAUCCCCACUGUUUUCCAAUCUGUGAACUAAUGCAGUGUCAGGAUAGGUUAUGGAGGCAGAGGGGUAAGUCAGACAAUCUAGUCUAACUGCCCUACGCUCAGAUCACCAUCUCUUGCUGUGCACAGUUCAGAGCAGAACACUUGAGUGGCAAAGCCACACUAGGGAAUUACUAGAAUGAUGACAAGAUCUCAGCUGUAUCUUAGGAAGAGUUGUCCAAGGAAUUAGGGAGGUUCACCAGCGAGAAGCCUUUGGAAGUGGGAAGAGCACUCGGAUGAUGAUAGUUAUCUUAAAAAUUUUGAGAAACUGGGUGUGAAAGCGCAGAUAUGUGUGCCUCCAGUGGCUGCAGAAAUUCCAUUGGCAGCUUUCAGCUUAAUUUCCUACAAAGAGAUUUGUACUAACAGAGACCUUUAUGUUCACCAGAACAUGUGGUGACUCAGGCUGUUGACUCAGACCCUAGUCUGACUCCCCUCAGUGUGCUCACUGAGUUGUGAGGAAAUGCUUUUGGGUGCACAGCAAGCCAUUGGCCUGCAUCCCAUCUUUCCCACUUGGGCUUUUUUGGGGUUAGGGGGCAUUUCUAUUUGAUUUUUUUAUUGAGGUAUAAUUGACAUACAACAUACUAGUUUCAGGUAUACAAUGAAAUGAUAUUUUUACAUAUUGCAAAACAGCCACUACAGUAAGUCUAGUUAACAUCCAAAAGCUAUUCACUUUUGCACUGAUGACAGGCAAAUAGGUCUUCAUGAGAAUUUUGCCUAACUUUUUAGGCACAUGAUUUCUGGAAGAGGGGAAGCUUGUAAACUCCAAUUCUUUCCUGACUAGACAAGUAACCUAAAUGUGUGCAGUGGGCCAGGUGUGAAAUAGGCUAGGCUGACAUGCGACAACUCAAGAGAACAGAUGCCCCCUGGAAAGGCAGCAGCUGAGAGUUGUCAUGCAGGAUGGCUGCCCCAGGAGAGCUAGAUCUUUCCAGGGAAGCCAGAAAUCCGGAAUGUAUGUGUAUGUGUGUGAAUAUUAAAGUGUAGGCUAAGCAGAACACAUCUUCAAGCCAUAUUCAACCGGUGGGCCAGUAAUUUGCUCUUCAACUACAGGGGACAGCCUACAGAGCACUUGAGAGUCAGGCAUACUCUGAGUGAGCUUAAAACAAGGAGCAUCCUGGUAACUACCGGUCAUAGAAGUCUGUUCAGGUGCCAUCUUGUGUCAUGCCCUACUGUCCUUGGGAUAGUGUACAGUCUAACUCCAAGGACUAUCAAAGAACUGAAUGAGAAUAAACCGCAUGACAGAUCUCCCCUGUAACCACCUUCUGCAGCAAGGUAAACGCAGUGAGGCUGGCUAUUGCCCCUUCUGCCCCUUCCUUCCCCUACACGCCAUUUUUUCAGUGUGUGUCUCUAGUCUUGCAUCUUGACUCAGCUGGCUGACUGGGCCACUUCUUGAGUCCACCUUCUCAUGGAUAAACCAGUAGUUCUCAGCUGCACAUUGGAGUUAUCUAAUGUGGUAGGCAGAGUAAUGGUCCCCAAAGAUGUCCAUGUCCCAAUCCCAGCAACCUGUGAAUAGGUUACAUUACGUGGCAAAGGGAAAUUAAUGUAUUAGAUGGAUUUGAUGUUGCAAAUAGGCUAACUUUAGGGAGAUCAUCCUAAAUUAUUCAGGUGGGCCCAGCAUAAUUUUUAAAUGUGGGAAAGGUAGGCAGAAAAGUCCAUUAAUAAUAUCCAAGAAAGACUCAUCAUUUCCAGUCUUGAAGAUGAACUCAGCCUCUAGAAGCUGGAGAAGGUAAAGUCAACUCUCCCCUAGAGCCUCCAGUAAGGAGUGUAAAUCUACCAACACCUUGAUUUUAGCCCAGUGAGACCCAUUUUGGAUGUCUGCUCUAUAGACCUAUAAGACAAUAAAUUUGUGUUGUUUUAAGCCACUAAGUUUAUAGUAAGCUGUUACAGCAGCAAUAGGAAACUAAUAUACCUGGACAUUUUUUUUUCUUUCUGUGAUGAGAACUUUUUAAGAUCUACUCUUUUAGUAACUUUCAAAUACCCAAUACAGUAUUGUUAACUAUAGUCACGUUAUUACACAUUACAGCCCCAUUACUUUAUUUUAUAACUGGAAAUUUGUACCUUUUGACCUUCUUCACCCAUUGCACCCACUUCCCCACCCCCUGCCUCUGGUAACCACCAGUCUGUCCUCUGUGAGCUUGGCUUUUUAAAAUAAAUUCACAUAUAAAUGAGAUCAUACAAUAUUUGUCUUUCUCUGCCUGACUUACUUAGCAUAAUACCUUCACGGUCCAUCUCUGUUGUUGCAAAUGGCAAGGUUUCGUUCUUUUUUGUGGCUAAAUUGUAUAUAUAUCCACAUUUUCUUCAUCCAUUAUGGACUUAGUUGUUUCCAUACCUUGGCUAUUGUAAAUAAAUGCUUCAGUGAA